GGCGAUCUAAUUGGCAUUCCAAAAAUCAAGACGCGGCACGAAUUCCUACAGCUUUGAUCGUUUCUUCUCAAUUCAAUUACAUCGAUCGCGAGAUGGCCAAGCAGAAGGUGGUGCUGAAGGUGUCCAUGGGAGACGCCAAGAAGCGCUCCAGAGCUCUCAAGAUCGCCGUCGGGUUGUCCGGCGUGGUGUCCGCGGCGCUGGACAACGACCGCCUCACCGUGGUCGGCGACGGGGUCGACUCCGUGGAACUGGCCACCGUCCUCAGGAGGAAGAUGGGCGGCGCCGAGCUCGUCAGCGUCGGCUCAGCCGAAGAAAAUAAGAAAGAGGAGAAGAAAUCGCCGGCGGUGGAAGCGUCCGAUAAGAGCGCUUGGCAGCCGGCGCCGGUGAUCUCCUGGACUACGUAUCCUGCAGCCCCGCCGCCGUAUAACAAUUACCGGUACCCUUACGAAAUCGGAGAGGCAGAUCGGGAAGACAAUUGUAGAAUCAUGUAGACAUUUGAUGUAGGAGCUAGAUCGGAGCUUCAAGAGAUCUACAAUUGGUUAUUGAAUGUAACCCGUAAAGGCUCAGUCUUGGGCUAAAAAAUUUUAUUCGGUUACUUCUCUAAAAUUUCUCUGUAAAAAUCAAACCUUUAGCAUAAUCGUUAUUUUGUUCGGCAUUAGAUCUCAAGCAAUAGCAUGAUAGAUAAUUAAUCCGUUAAGAAUUGAUUUUAUUCAA